AGUACCCAGUGAUGGGACCGUGCAGGGGCAUCACAACACAGGGGAGCAGUCGUCAACAAGCUCUUGUUGUGUGAGGGACCUUGGCUUUAGUGACGCUCAAAGGAACUAUUAUUCUGCAAUAUUUUUUGGCCAAUACAACCUCAGCUACUUCGAAAAUGUCUCGAUUCACCUUUCGAGGGAUGAUGGCACCAGCUCCGACCCCAUUCAAUAAAGACGGGUCGCUGAACCUGGAGAUGAUCCCGGCCUACGCUAAACAUCUGCACAGCUGUGGUGUGAAGGGUGUGUGGGUUAAUGGCACUAUUGGCGAGGGGAUGUCCAUGACGGUGGUAGAGAGGAAGGCGGUGGCGGAGGCUUGGGCGAGGUGCAGGGCCGAGGUAUCAACUAUGAUUGUACAGUGUGGCGCUGGCUGCCUCAAGGAUACACAGGAUCUGGCACGCCACGCUGAGGACCUGGGUGCUGAAGGGGUGGCCGUGUUCCCGUGCCUCUUCGACAAGCCUGCCACAACAGAUGAGUUGGUCGAGUACAUGGUGGAGGUAGCAAAGGCGUGUCCCAAUACACCACUCUUCUACUACCACUUUCCCACCAAAACAGGUGUCACUUUAUCCAUGAGCGAGUUUCUUGCCAAAGGCGUAGAACGUGUGCCAACGUUGGCUGGCAUCAAGUUCACGGAUUUGGACGUUAGCGGCGAAGGUAGGAAAUGUCUGGAGGUGGCAGGCAGCGCCCUCACCAUCUUCAGCGGCUUCGAUCAGACUCUCCAGGAAGCUCUCAGUGUGGGGUUCACCAGUGCCGUCAACGGAGGCUUCAACUUCAUUCCCCACCUUAGCAGUCAGGUCUUCGCCUUCAUGGAAGCUGGAAAUAUCACCGAAGCCAGAAAAAUACAGGAGCUCAUCUCCAGCUACUUCGACACCAUGUUAGGAAAGCUUCGUCCGGCUUACUUAGUGGCGUGUCUUAAGACGGCCACCACACUCCUCACAGGACUGGACAUGGGUCCCGUCCGUCUCCCCGCCAGACCCUUCACAGACGGCAUGACCCUCACCCUCCGAAGUGACCUGGAGAACCUAGGUCUCAAGGUUUACUAAGGACCUUGAACUGCGUUAUCGGCUCUGAGGCCACACACAAGACAAGGGGCCAGAUUCACGAAAGGACUUACGCAAGCACUUACGAAUGUUUACAUCUUUCCUCAAUCUUUGACGGCUUUGGUUACAUUUAUUAAACAGUUUACAAGCAUGAAAACGUCCCAUUUAAC